CGGUUUGGGGGGAACGCGCGGUUUCAACGCUGCUACAGGCACAACCGUCAUUUAAUUGCGCGUCGAUAAUUUCAAAGUGCAAACAAACGUAUUGCCGAACGCGAAAUAUCCUGCUUUCGGAUGAAAACGGUUUCAAAAAUUUGCGCGCGAGUUGUCAGAUUCCGGUGCGGGUGAAAGUGUGCGGGAACUUUAUCGAGUUGAGGUGUUCGUUUUUGAUUCCGUUUUUUUUUUUUUCAUCUACUCCGAGUGAUUCGCGAUACGCAGCCUUCGGAAAGAUUAUUUAUCGUAAUUGUAUGUUCGCAAUUGUGUGUCAUCGUUUGACGGAUAAAAAUAAUUAUGAAAUACUAACGACCGGAACUAAACGCGAAUGUGAUGAAACGAGAUACUUGAUAUCUGAAAUUCAAUUGUACAUCGAAUACCUGAAUCAGAAUCAGGGAUACCACAGGUGAUAAUUUCGAACGAAAUAAAUGAAACAAAGUUGGCGAACGACAGGUGGAAGUUGGACAGUUUGAAAACGACCGUGAGGAAAGUGGAAUUCGGUAACGAUUGCCGAUCGAUAAUUGAGCGCGAACGAAUUUCGCUUUCGAGAUCCGAUUAAUUCACCUCCAAAGAUAUCAAACGAACUUUUGAGUUCCGGUGGGGUCGCCGGAAGUCGGCAAGCGUAACGUUGCCAACGGACAAACGUGGGAACUUGAAGAGCAGAGGUUUAUGACAGCUGUUGCUGUUUACUGUUAGCACCACCUAUGCCAACCCCACAUGCGUAAUUAAUGAACACAAUGCAAUGGAACGAUUAAACGGUCAUCUGAAAAUGAACAUCGUCUCGUUUUCAUAGUUGAGAUGAAUCUGAAAUCGAAAACAUAAACCGCCGGAAUCUCUUCUCCAGAUUACAGUUCGUGAUCGAAAUUCAAACAGGAAAAUACCACCUCAUUCGAGAGGGAUAAGAUAAACGAUUGAAUUUUUAGAAUGCAGGAGAAUCGUCGAUGAAAGUUCGAGGGGAUCGUGAAUCGUGUGAAGACAACGCAUAGCCAAAGGCACCUCGGGUGUUCUCAGCAAGUGACAAGAAACCGGUACAGUCGGAGCGUCAAGUAUGACUGAAUUACACCGAGGUCUUUCAUCGGUUCGAAACGGUCUGGUACGUGGUGAAAACUGGUCGUUCUCGCUGUAGAUUUUUGUGACGUCAGCUGAACGUAAGUUGCGUGAACCAAGUUUGACCGUUCAGUACGAGAAGGAAGCCCUGCCGGCCGGCUAGCAGCUCGCUAUGGCUUCGACGCUCUUCAGCGGAGCAACGGAGUAACGUUUUUGAAAUCGGAGGAUCGGGUUCCGGGUUUCGAUCGUGGGCGGAAAUUUUUUUUCAACGCUCCGUUCUCGUCGUUGAAAGUUUUCUUCAUUUGUGAGCGAUCGAAAAGGAAUCGUGCUGCUUUUCCGCCCGUGGUGAGUGCGUGACGACGUCCACGUUAGGAGUUUUGUGAAAAUAAUGUGCGUACCGUGAAAUCGUAAUUCGAAUUUUCACCGAUCCCGCCUGGAUAGCAGUAGUAGAAGAAUACAGUGGUGAAGAAAGUGAAACCAGUGUUAGGUGGAUGAAUAAUCGUGCGAUUAAUUCCUUCGAUUAAUUUCUGUGCGGAUUUAAUUCUAUCAGGCCGUUGAACUCGACGGCGUUGUUUCGACAUGCGAUACCGACAUACCCAGGUUCCGAUCACCUGUACUGUAAUCAAACCGAUUAUUGUUGGAUAUUUGAAAUAUUUAUGACUGUUACAUCGACGUACGGUGAGAACUUGCGUAACAAACCCUUCGUUGAGUGCAAAUAAGUAGAAAGGGGAUAAAUAACUCCAACGGUUUUUAAAACCGGGAACGAGUAAUGCCCGCAUAGUUAAGUGCAGUACGUGCAAAGGCUGAUGCACCUGUAUACUUUCGUCCCUGAGAAGGCUGAAAAAUAUUGUUACCUAGUACUUACGGACCCGUGAAUACCAGCUACCUGUUCUUUGGAUAUUUACCUACUAUCUUUCCCGAAGACAUCGGCUCAAAAUGGGGAAUCAUCCGUCCGCCCACCAACCGCUCGAAAGAGCCACUACCCAUACUGGAAACAGUCUACGAUUAUCGAAACGCGAGAGAUCGCCGGGGAAAAGAAUGGACCGGUUGCGGCGCAGCUUCCGAGACAGUUUCCGGAGGCGGAAGGACCCCCACAUCCCUGAGUCCAGCAAACCGCAUCAAUGGCAGGCCGACGAAAGUGCUGUGCGAUCGGCCACCUGCGUAUUUCACGUCAAGUACCUGGGGUGUGUAGAAGUUUUCGAAUCCAGAGGAAUGCAAGUCUGCGAAGAGGCGCUCAAAGUACUCAGGAAUUCGAGACGGCGACCAGUUAGAGCGGUUCUUCAUGUUUCGGGUGACGGUCUGCGCGUUGUUGAAGAUGAAACAAAGGGACUGAUUGUCGACCAGACCAUAGAGAAGGUGUCGUUUUGCGCGCCCGAUCGCAAUCACGACAAAGGCUUUAGCUACAUAUGCCGAGAUGGUACCACCAGAAGAUGGAUGUGCCACGGGUUUUUGGCGCUCAAGGAAUCCGGUGAAAGGUUGAGCCACGCUGUGGGAUGUGCCUUCGCUGCUUGUCUAGAACGCAAACAGCGUAGGGAUAAAGAAUGUGGAGUAACAAUGACCUUUGAUCCAAAAAAUUCAACAUUCACAAGAAGUGGCAGCUUCAGGCAACCCAGUUUAACGGAACGAUUGCAGGAUUCGCACGAACGCGCAGUAGAUGUUCCUCCGGUCAAACAGGUGUUUAAUCCGUUUGCAAUUGAACGCCCUCAUGCAACACCAUCGAUGUUGGAACGACAAGGUUCGUUUAGAGGUUUCACGCAACUGAAUCAAGCAUCGCCAUUUAAACGACAACUAAGUCUUCGAGUGAACGAUCUUCCAAGUAAUCUAGAACGCACCCGCAGCCACAGUCUUGAACCUACGGAUCUUGCGAGAAUGCCCCCAACGUUGCCCCACAAUAUACCACUCAAACCUCCUGUGAGUCCCAUUCCGGAAAUAUCGCCCGGAGGUCAGGAUAGCGUCUCUGCGAUGUGCCAGCAGCUCUCACGAGGGCUUUCACUCCUGUCGAGUAACGACGACUACGAAUUAACGCAACCCUCGCGUUACACUUCCAAUUCGGUAGCGAAACAAUUGUUCAAUACGAUAACACCUCCAGUGAGCAGCAAUAAUUCGCUGGACGAUACGAAGAUAAACAAUAACAUAAACAACAACAAUAUCAAUCAUGUCGGUCCAAGCUGGCAAGAUACACCAGUGCUUGCCAACUCCAGGUUGACACCAAUUCUGAAUAGAAGCUGUAAUCUCAGUCCUGUUCUUCCAAGGACAUCGAUAAGCCAAUCGAUAAUGAAUACACCGGCACCUACGAGCACUGUAGGAGUCUUCGGUACUCCACCGAAUCCAAGUCCUGCAUUUAGUUCCGCGUCUACUUCUUCGCUCGGUGGAACCACAACUCCUUCCUUAAAUCGAUCUCCAAUUCCCAUCAAUACGGUAACACCGUUGAAUCGCUCGCCAAACACCAGCAUCGCAUCUCCAUCCCCCAUUCCAACGAGUAUCCAGCAGAUAACGAAUGUCACCAACAGCCAGCCAAUCGCACAGAUACAACCGGUAACAACAGCGACGAAUUUACCCAAACCAGAACAAUGGCUAGGAAGUGUGACUGGAGCCGUAGUUCCGAUCCCCCCAAGUCCGAGGCGAGCGCCCGCGCUUCAUUUACGUGCACAUUCUCUUGGCUCUGCUGCUGGCAGUCAGGGUUUCGUAUCACGCGGUGGUCCUUCAGAUCCUUUUGAUGCCGAGUGGGCUGAAAUAGCUGCACGUAAUCUUCAGCAAUCUACGACAAAUCCUUUUAUUAUGUCAAACGCUACGCAAGCUUUUCAGGUACAGUUGUAGCAUCAGGAGUUUGUUAACAGUAUCGCUAAAUACUAUCAGACCAAUACGUAGUGACGGCUUCUCGUGCGCUCGCAUUCAGAGCGAUUGCGCGAUAGAAAGUAUUACACCUAAAUCAUGUACUUAUCGAGAGUUGUUAAUCGUCAUUUAGCAUUAAAUUUAGUCUUGAUUCUGAUGCGUCAAACCGGAAUUACUCAUUAGCGGCGAAUCCGAUGUUACCUGACUCGUGUGGUGAUGAAAAUUGUUACAUGCAAUUUAAGAAUGUACUUAUAUAUCGAUGUGAUAUAAUGAUAAAAAACAAGAUGACAUUCGCGCACAAAUGUUACGAUGCAUAAUUAAAGUAAAUUACACAGUAUAAGCUCAUUGUUGGAAGCCUGAAUAUCUCUUUGAUCAAAAGUAGUUCAUAGUUGAGAACAACUUGAAUUAUUAGAUUUUGUUUGGUCGAGAAAUUUUCAAUGCUACACUGACUGGAAACUGUGUCAAUCGACUUGUUCCACGGAAUUAACCUUUAUGUGAAUGUGUAGACGUUUCUUCAUCAUUAUACUUUAUCGUCAUAUGAGAUGUCAAUUUCAGAGGUCUAGUGAAAUCUAUCAAUGUUUAACCGAAAUUAUCUAUGCAGGAUAUCACUAAUUUGCAGCAAGAGAAAAGUUAUCUGUAUUAUAGGCUGCAGAGUGCUUACAUAUAGCCCCUGAUAUAUGUAAACUUAUCCUAUAGUAUACCAUAUAAUAUCGUAAUCAAGAAAUAUGGUACCAGACGAUUGUUGUCCAUAUGUUUAUUUGGGUGCAAAUUGUGGAAACGUACGAUGAUGUAGAGCAACGCGUUGUAGAUAGUAGACAAGAGCAAUCCAGAGUAGAUCGGUUUCACAUCUUUUUGCCGACAUCAGUUCUGUGAUACUGCUGAAACUCGUAACAGUUUCAAUACAAGCGUGAAGAUUUAACGAGCACAUAUAAUUGUAGGAGUGGGAAAUAAAACUGCAAUAUAGUAAUGUACGUUUAAUUUUAGUGAUAAAUAUUUGAAAUUUGUUGUUGGCGGGGUCAAAUUUGAGUAUUGAAAAAGAAAAGUUUUAACGCCUAUAAUGGUUACAUUGUUAUAUAAACGUUGCCGAUCAUGAAAUAUUAAAUUAUCAUACUCGAUGAAUACGCACCGUAGUAGGUAGUAGUCUUAAUAACAGUUAUAGCUGAACUGCAAAGUUAUCGCAGAUGCACGAUAUAGAAUCAAUAGAAUACGGCACUAAACAAUAUUAAAUGUCGCACUGAAUUAAACGUUGCAAAAGUAUACAGUACUAUAGCACUCCUCAUUAUUCGUAUCGACAGAUUGUAUCGUAAGCGAGAAAAAUUCUUAUAUUGGGGAGUAUCGGUUUUGUUUCUUUUUCACGACAACCAUUUCAAUUUUUAUUUCGAAGUUUUACACCACUGACGUUCCAUUUGAUCUCUUUUUUUAGUCUGGAGAAUCAGUCUGUAUGGUGGAAUGUAUGAUUAUCGCAUUUAUCUACCUGCCAUAUUGGAAAUAUCGUUGGACCAACAUAAUUUUGAGGGGCAUUUGAUAGUUGAGCUAAUUUAACAGAUUGUCUCAAUGUUGAUGAUGCGUACUGUUAGUACUCAUGCCAAUUCAUUCGCGUUAGAUAAAUUUAUCAAUGAACUGACAAUGAUUGUUUACGAAAAACUGACAGGUAUUGAAUAUAAUUAUUUCAUUCCAUAGGUAGUUCGCCGUGUUCCUUCGCCCAUCUGAAUUUAAUUCGCGUAUUAUUAUUAUUAUUAUUAUUAUUAUAGUUUGAAUAGUGCCUUAUAGUCAAAUGUUAUUAAAAAUUCAACGUACUCUGACAUUGCGGCAUUCUGUUAAAUGGGGAUUAUGUAUAAGUAUAGUAUCGGCAAAAAAGUUAGUCUGCGAACUGUGAUUCAUUAACGAGGCCAGUACUUACUUGUGGAAAAGAUAUUGUUUACCUAAAUAUGAAUUAUCUUUACUCAAAAGCGACGCGCCUUAUUUAUACUUGUGGUACAUGAUAUGUCCUAUAUUUUAUAACAAUCACGGUCAAUCAAGCAAGAAUUUGAAUCAAACAUUGCAUGUUUGUGUAUUAAAAUCACCGAAAAGAUUUGAGUCAAGUUCAUUAUAUAUCAUACAAUUAAUAAUCGAAUGCAUUUGAAGCGAGCGCGUAUUUCACCGCAUCGAAUAUUACAGGAUCCCAUGUAAAUUUUAUAAACAAUAAGAUUUCGCAAAAUAUUGAAAAUAUACAGAGAUAUAUUGAAUAUUCAAAAUUCAUCUAAGUAUGCACUGAAUAUAAAACUUGUUUAGAAAUUUCAAUAAGUAUAUAUAUAUACAAUCUCAAUAAUAUUUGAAGUUACUUGUUAGAGGAUAUGGUAAUUGCACAGUGUAGCGUUACUAUACGUAAUCCCGCAGAGUUUAUCAAAUAAUAUAUUCGCAUUUACUUCCUGCCGUAUGAAAUUAAGUUUUUGAAAGAAGGUGUCGCGCUAAAACGGUUGGAAAGAAAAAGAAAUCCACUCACAGAUCUAUUCAGCAUAUGAUGUUCGUACCUUUUGCUGUGUUGUUUGUCAAAAAAACCAAUCACCGGACUCGCUAUGCAGAUAACAAUACUAUGAGCUUUCGAGCUACACGGACUUACAAACUACUAAUUGCGAAGAUUAGUAAAAUUAGCAUCAAUAUUUUUUCACCGUUACUUCAAAGGAACUAAUACAUUUUAUCGGAUAAUAUAGCAUUUUCGAAGUAUAAAUGCAGGUCACAAGCAGCUUAAUUUGAUAAUCAUCACCGUAUGUAAUUCAAUUUUAUGAUUAGUUGUAUUGUCGAGGAUGAAAACGAAUUUAGAUAAUUUUUUGUUGAUUGAUAAUUAUCUAUUGGCGAUGUAUGAGUUGUAAAUAGAAUAGUUGUUUAAUAUAUUGCAAAAAUAGAUAAUAAAAAUACUACUCGAGUAUGUCAAUAGCGUGAAAAGUAAGUGAACGAUAUAAAUUGAUACCAUGCUAUUUAUAUGAUUGCUCAUAUUACAGAGGAACAAGAAAAAAAAACCUAAAUUAGAUUCGAAAGAAAUAGAGCAAUUGUUAAUUCACAGCAGUUCUACUGCUCACGCGAAUAUCUAUAGUAUUACAUUCCUAAUAGUAUUUUCAUGAGGCUGAUUUUUGCGCAUUUAUAUAUCAAUGUGUCGUCAGUGCUUCGAUUUGGUUUGUAAGUACUUUUAUUCGUUGAAUUAUUUUUGAUAGAAGAUUAUAAAACACGUGUAAAUUAUAACGAUUCUAACUGAAACGUAUAGUGUGUAGAUUGUAUGUUUUAAUCUCAUCGGAUGUUUCAUAUGUUGCGCAUAAAUAUUUCGUCAACUUCUCAAACAAGUUGCACAAAAAUCCGCCUCAAUUAUUACUGUCAUUAUCAUUAUCGUUAAGAAUCUACUUUGGUGUUGGGAUGAAAUCGUGAAACACAUUGAUCGAGCGAUACAAAGGAAAGAAACCGAAAAGUAAAAUCGUCAGAUAAAUAAGAAAAAAUGUCUAACAAUAUUUGAACAGCUGUUUGAUUCAGUGAAUAUGGGAAAUUAAAGUCAGCAGCACAAACAAACUCGUGGUACUUACCGCGGUACUUAUCAGAUAUUGAUGACUAAUGUACUUAAAUAUUAUACACAGCUUAUUAGUGGAAAACGUCCAAUGGAAAAAUGAACUUUUUCCAAAUUAAGUGUUAGGAUUAUUUCUUGUUCGUAUAUUAAAUCGAGAAAGUGUACAUAUAUGCCGCAACAUAACGUAAUAAUGAUAUAAUAUAUAUUAUACUUGCUGUUUGUCAAUGUCUUAUGUAAAACAACUUUGUUUAAUUAAUUAAAUGUAAUUCAUUGAGGAGAAGUACGAAAUUCGGUCGAAGCUGAUUUCUGCUUUCUUGUUUCGUUCGAAGAGAUUUUGUUGAUUCGCUGUUGCAGGCUCAUAGAAUUAUCAGUUUUUGAUAAACCGAAUAAUUUUCCGAAGUUUCAUACUUGUUAGUGAGCGAUCAAGGAAGCAGUUACCAGUGCUCUGUGAUCCACGAGAUGGGAAUGAUGAUAUAAAAUGACAUAAAAAAAAAUUGAUUUGAAAUCGGAUGACCGUUCCGCAGUAGACUGAGAAAAAUGCGAUGGAAUGGGCUUGGGCACAGAUAUUUAACGCAUUUGGCUGUGAUGAUUCACUUCUCGUGGGGCACAAAGUAUAUGAGCCCUAAAAGCAUGUAGAUCAAAUUCAACUUCAAACUGGUCGGUUGAUGAUCUUGGAGCAAGAUACCAGUUUGAUAUUGAUGUUAUCGUGUAUCCGCUAUACCUGUAAUAGUUGGUGCAGCGUUGUAAAUACAGCAGAGAUGAUUGGAUCAUUUUACACAUGAUUUCAAAGUGUAUAUUUCUUAAAAUACUUUGUUAAUUUCACAAUGUAUUAGCCUCUGUAUAAAAAUACGAUUUAUUAUAAUAUCUGUUGUGAUUA